UACACUCAGAGCAUUCCAGAGGCGUUCCUGUGAGCCCCGUGCAGGUCUGCCUGCUGCUCCCGGCAGAGAGGAAGAGCCAGGGAGGAGAAGUCCCUCUCGCCUGGAGACGGAAUGUCUGCGCUCUCAGCCCUCUUUUUAGCCUCCUGUUGUGUUUGGCUGUGCCAGGCCCAGACUGAACUGAAGAGAGUGGCUGAAGAAAACGUGACCCUGCCCUGCCACCACCGCCUGGGGCUCCUGGAGCAGGGCAGCCUGGACAUUGAGUGGCUGCUGCACGUCUCUGAAACCGUGCAGAAGGCAGUCAUCACCUACUCGGGGGGCAGGGUCUAUGACGACCUGAACGAGGAGCAGAAGGGGAGAGUUUCCUUCACCUCCAACUUCCUGGCUGGAGAUGCCUCCCUGCAGAUCACAGCCCUGCAGUCCAGCGACGCUGGCAACUACAUCUGCAAGGUGAAGAACGCCGGGCGGUACGAGUGGGCACGCCUCAGCCUCCGCGUCCUGGAAAAACCUUCCAAGCCCAAGUGUUGGCUAGAGGGGGAGCUGCUGGAAGGGAAGGAACUGUCCCUGCAGUGCCACUCUGCCUCUGGCACUGCUCCCAUCUCCUACCGAUGGCAGCGCCUCAGCCAGGAGGAUGAGAGAGCAGAGCACCUGCCCCCCACCUCCAGAGUCAACAUUUCUAACCCUGGGCAAGUGCUGCUGAAGAACCUCACCCAGAUGAGCACAGGAUUGUACCAGUGCAUUGCCACCAACGAGGCUGGCCAGGAGAGCUGUGUGGUGCAGGUGACAGUGCAGCACGCACAGAACAUCAGCAUGGUCGCUGGGGCAGCCUGCGGGGUGCUGCUGGGGCUCUGCCUCCUCUGCCUGGUGGUGAGGCUGACGAUAAGGAGGAAAGAGAAGAAGAGAUACGAGGAGGAGGAAGCACCAAAUGAAAUCAGGGAGGAUGCAGAGGCACCCAAGGCUCACCUGGUCAAGCCCAGCUCCUCCUCCUCUGGCUCCAGGAGCUCACGUUCAGGUUCCUCCUCCACCAGGUCCACAGCCAACAGUGCCUCCCGCAGCCAACGGACUUUGUCCACCGAAGCCACUCCUCACCUAACCCCUCCCCAGCACGGCCAGAGGCAGCCAGAAGGGAAGGAAAUGGAGCCAAAGAAAGUCGACUACACCAACCUGGUGAAGAUGGGAGCCACCCUGGUGAUGGUGCCUGCCCAGAGCAGAGCCUUCCAGACGGUCUGAGCAGGUCUCUGCUGGCUCCUGCUACCCAGGAACACUUCCCACCAGCACCAACCACUCAGCAGCUCUUAGAUUAGUUCAUCCUCCCCUUGGACAGCUUCAUUUUAAUCACUUGGGACCCUUCACACCACAAGCAGAGGACCACAGGAUGGGUUAGGUUGGAAGGGAGCCGAAAGCUCAGCCAGUUCCAUAGGCUCCUCCUAGAACAGGAUGCUCAAGGAUCUCAUCCAAC